ACUUUAUAUAAACUGGAGACGGCGGUGAAAGGGGUAAAGUUUUGAAAAGAAAAAUAAAGAGUAAACCUUGGCCGACGAUGUAAAUAAAAUAUAUCAUUGGAAUAAAGAAUCUCUGUAAGCCUGCAGUUAUGGAAUAUUUUACAAAUUUCUUUAGAGGAGAUGAAGAAGAUAGAAAGACACCAAGUCCAUCUCAUACGAAAACUUCUACACCUAAAAAUACGAAAAAUCGCAACAACGAAACGCCUCAACACGAACAACAAACUUCCGAAUCAGCUGGUCCAAUAUCUAACAAUUUUUUUUCCGAUAAUGGAGCCUUUGAAAUGCCGGAACCACCCGUCCUAGAAGCGGAAGUGGUUGAUAAUUUGGGCAAAAUCCAAUUCAGAGUCAGCUAUGAUUUCCACGACCAUACGUUAAAUUUGAAGGUUAUGAGAGCAACAGGCUUACCGGCAAAAGAUUUUACAGGAACAAGCGACCCCUAUGUCAAAGUUCUCCUAUUACCCGACAAAAAGACCAAACUGCAAACAAACAUUAAAAGGAAAAAUUUGAAUCCCCAUUGGAAUGAGAGCUUCGCUUUUGAAGGUUUCCCCUUUCAAAAAAUUCAAAAUCGAAUACUCUAUAUGCAAGUACUCGAUUACGAUAGAUUUUCUAGAGACGAUCCAAUUGGAGAGAUAGCCCUGCCGCUGGCUGAUGUCAAUUUAGCCGAAGGGAAGACCAUGUGGAAAAAUCUGCAGCCUUGUAAAGGACAUUCUGGAAGAUUAGGGGAGCUACUUCUUUCGCUCUGUUAUCAACCUGCUCAAGGUAGCCUUACCAUCAUUGUUAUCAAGGCAAACAGAAUUUCAUAGUAGAAAUAUCAUCCUUAUUUAAUUUAUUACUAUAAUAUUUACUUAUAUAGCAUUGCCCAAUGAAUCAUCAUUCAGCUAAAAUAUUUUCAAUGAAAAGCUAUAGUGGAAAAAUGACAUUAUUUUUCUUUAUCUAAUGGUGUUAGUAUGUUAUCUAGAGUGUCUGCUGUUGUAUACAAGAAGAGAAACAAUCGAAAUAACAACUAAUAAAACAUACGCUCCGCAGAUAAUAGGGAAUCGUGAAAAGGAAAAAAAAGUAUCAUGAUAAAUCUCUUGCGUUUUAGGGUUUAUAGCUGAAAUAACCCAAUUUUUAUCCCAUUAUAUCGACCGCUCACAAAUAGGAAUUUCGUUUGUACAAACGAUACUCUUUUGUAUUUAUACUUUUAUUGAGAUAGAUAGAUAAAUAGAUAGAUAGAGUAGACGGUGGGACAAUGGAAGAGAGAGAGAGGGCAGGCAGGCAGGGUGGAGGCGACACGACAAAAUUCCAAACAAUUUAGUAAAAAAUUGUUUUUCAUACGCAUAGAUUUAUUGGUGGUUAGCUAUUGAGGAUAAAGGGAAGACUAUAUAUUCCCAGUGAUUCUUUAAAGCUCCUUUUGCCUUUCAUCUUUCUAAAAUAAUCCAUAUUGCUUGCUGUUCCAAGGAAAAUACUCAAGUUAUUUGCCUUAUUGUCUCUUGUGCGAAAAUUCCAAGUUAUCCAAUGCUGAUAAUUGUUAGAGAAUAUUGUGGAAGGGAGCACCUACUUUUCCCGGAAAAUGCGAUUUCUAGAAAGUUGAUUCUCUCCUCUAGCUAUUUCCUGGCCUCCAUCGUUGCACUCUAAACUCUUUCACCUUUUCUUUCCUUUUUAGUUUUCAUUGCACUUUAUUGUAUAUUAGUCACAUAGGUACAAAAACACGCAUAGAUUAACUCUCUUCCUUCUCCCUUUCUCUUUCCUUCCCUGUCUGUCUGUCUGUCUAUCUAGCUAUCUCUCUUUCUCUCUGUAUGUUACUUUCUCUGUCUCUGUCUCUGUCUCACUCUCUCUAUCUCGCUCUUUUGUGUUCUUCUCCUCUCUUCCGUUUAUUUUAUAUAUUCAAAAUUUUCCAGUGCAAUUUAUACACAAUUUUUUAGGAGAGGAAAAGCUUAAGAGUUAAGAGCCCUCUGAAAUACUUCGAUUUGAUGUGUCACCAUCAAAUUUCAUUAACAGUAUUGCAUUUAAAAGAUUUCAACUUCUCUCUUGUAAUCUUUGUCAAUAGGGAGAAUAUGAAUAGUAAACUAUCUUCAAUAUACUUAUUGAAGAAGAAAAAACAAUUAUUAAAGGUCUCGAAUGUUGACCUUUAGACGGAUAUAAGGGGAGAACUCGACAAACGAAUGACUAGCAUUUUCUAUUUGGCAAUGAAUGCCUUCAUUUUCUUUCUUUUAGUUCCUCUGUUAUCCUGCCUUUUUUUUCUAUAUUAGACUAUAAUCGGUUUGCAGUUGGUAUACAGAGCACUGUCCUCAAUAAAGAAAGGCUAUUUCCGAUACAUUAUUAAUAUAUAUAUUUGAGUUUAUGUUAAUGGAAUUUGAGUGGAAUAGGAUAAAAAAUUUUUAAUUUCUCUUGUGAAUGUUUUGAGCGUGAUUUCAUCAUCGUCAGAGGUAAUAAAAUAGGCGAAAUGCAUGGAAAAUUUACUAGCAAUUCGUAUCAAAUAGUAAUUUGAAAGUAAUUUAUGUUCUAGUGCGAUCUUUUAGUCAACACAACUAAAAAAUUGGAUAAAAAAAAUGAAAGAAUAUAAAUUGUAUAUGACAACGUAUAGUAUUUAUUACAGUUGAGUAAUAAGUUUAGGCGUCUAUCGAUUAACAUAAUAUGUAUUACAUAUUCUAUAUAAUUCUACCUAAAUAUCUAAUAUGAAAUUCUGUUUAACGGUCGAAUAAAUAGGCCAAACAUUUAAAAUCAAAAGAUUUGAAUGGUCUCUCGGAUCCUUAUGUCAAAAUAUGGCUUACUCAAGACGGGAAAAGGGUUGAAAAAAAGAAGACUGUCAUAAAGGAAAAAAACUUAAAUCCUAUUUAUAACGAAACGUUCGUAUUCGACGUUCCCUAUCAGAAAAUACGGCAAACCUCUCUAGAUAUAUCAGUUAUGGAUUACGAUAGAAUCGGUAGGAAUGAAUUAAUUGGUCAAAUUGUACUAGGAGCCAGAUCUGGUCCCAUGGAAGUCAGGCAUUGGAAUGAAAUGUUUCAAAAGUGUCGUCAGCCAGUCCUCCAAUGGCACAUUCUGAAAAGUUUCUGAUGAUAAAAUAGUGUGAGAAGGAGGAAGGAAGAGAGAGAGGGAGAGAAGAUAGGUAGAAUGGGAAAGGGAGAAAGGGCGGGGGGGGCAAAAAAGAGAAAGUCAUUAUAUUUGAAUAUUUUACAAUAUAAUACAGGGAGAG